AACAUUGGUAACAAAAUUGAGAAUAAAAGGCUGAGACAGACAAUAGGAGUCAGAGAAAGAGAGACCAGAAAGGGGGCUGCAAGACUGAGAGAGAGCUUCUACUGCACACUGUAACCGUCGCUCGCGCCACACCCUCGCCAUUUCUGCUCUGAAAGAAUCUCGCUUUGGAUUCACAGAGCUUGUUUGAUGGAACAGUACGAGAAGGUUGAGAAGAUAGGUGAAGGAACCUACGGGGUUGUUUACAAGGCCCGGGACCGUGUCACCAACGAGACCAUCGCGUUGAAGAAGAUUCGCCUCGAGCAGGAAGAUGAGGGAGUUCCCAGCACCGCCAUUCGUGAGAUUUCUCUCUUGAAAGAAAUGCAGCACAGGAACAUUGUUAGGUUGCAGGAUGUUGUGCACAGUGAGAAGCGAUUGUAUCUGGUUUUUGAAUACCUUGACUUAGAUCUAAAGAAGCAUAUGGAUUCUUCUCCAGAAUUUUCAAAAGAUCCACGACAAGUAAAGAUGUUCCUUUAUCAAAUUCUUUGUGGCAUUGCUUACUGUCAUUCACAUAGAGUUCUUCAUCGAGAUUUGAAACCACAGAAUUUAUUGAUAGAUCGCAGCAACAAUGCUCUAAAGCUUGCAGAUUUUGGAUUGGCUAGGGCAUUUGGAAUUCCUGUUAGAACAUUUACACAUGAGGUGGUGACAUUAUGGUACAGAGCUCCAGAAAUUUUGCUUGGAUCCCGUCAUUAUUCUACCCCAGUUGAUGUUUGGUCAGUGGGAUGCAUAUUUGCAGAGAUGGUAAACCAACGACCUCUAUUCCCUGGGGACUCUGAGAUCGAUGAAUUGUUUAAAAUAUUCAGAAUCAUGGGCACACCAAAUGAAGAUACAUGGCCUGGAGUGACUUCAUUGCCUGAUUUUAAAUCAGCCUUUCCCAAGUGGCCAUCUAAGGACCUGGCAACUGUGGUCCCAAAUCUUGACUCAGCUGGUCUUGAUCUUCUUUCUAAUAUGCUUCGCUUGGAUCCCACCAAAAGAGUUACUGCCAGGAGCGCUCUUGAGCAUGAAUACUUCAAAGAUAUUAAAUUCGUACCAUGAUUUCUCUUCACGAGAGAGGUGUCUAUAUUAAUGUGUAACUUUUAUGGGUUUUGAGACUGAGAAACGUGUGCUAUGCUUGCUAUUUUCUUCAAUGCUUUUGGACCAAGUAAUAUUUCAUUUAUUUGUUCUUACAGAUUUCUUUUUUGUUAGAUUCAACUUGAGUGUGAUACAAGCAAAUUUUUAUUUGUUUGGUGUAUGAUAGGCAGAGUGCUGAAUGCUGCUUUUAUUUGCUUUCUCAAUAUAUAAUGCAUCUAUGUAUGUAGUGUCCGAAA